AUGUUAAUUCCAGGGAAGGGGUGUGUGUGCCGCUGGCAAAGGGGCUCCUGGGCAAGGGACAGAGGGAACGACCGCGCAGAGCCCGGACGUGGUGCUGGCACAGACAAGGGCCCUUUCAGCCUCUCGGCACUAAAGCUGAGGGCAGGGGACAAGAACUGCCUGGCUGCCCGCUCCAACUGCCACCUGAAACUGGGAGACACUGAAAAUGCCCUGAAAGAUGCUGAAGCAUCUCUCAAAACUGACAAAACGUUCUCCAAGGGAAUUUACCAGAAAGCUGAAGUGCUGUAUGCCAUGGGGGAUUUUGAGUUUGCACUGGUCUAUUAUCACCGCGGCCGGAGGCUCCGCCCGGACCUAGAGAAGUUCAGGCUGGGCAUCGAGAAGUCGCAGGCGGCGAUUGUCAACUGCGUUGGAAGUCCAACCUCAGUUAAGCUGAAGAUGAAUGAAAAUGUGUGCUUCAUAAGCAGGCAGGCUGAGAGUAAAGAAGCAAAUCAGAAAUUCCAAAUCAGGCUGACAAAGGAUCAAAAACGGGCAAAGAAACAGGAGCCUGUGAGAAACCCAAAGAUAGAACGACAGCUUCUUGGAGAGCUUUAUGCUGACAAGGUCUACCUAGAAAAGUUGCUCCAGGAUAAAGAUUUGAUGGAGAGCAGGACAGAGAAGGGGAUCAAAAUAGCAGACCUGGUUUUGAGUGGCAUUGCCUACCUGAAAGGUCGCAGUGAGUUCUGGCAGCAGCAGAAUCCCAUUUAUGCCCGGGAGAGGGAGCGCAAGCUCAGGCAGCAAAGGUGGAUCCAGGACACGAAGACAAAACCACCUGAGAUCGGCAGAUACAUCCUGAAGAGCAUGGAGGACAUCGAGAUGUUGCUGACUGGUGAUGACCCUGAUGAAAGCUGCAGGAAAGCUGAGAAGUUGCUAAAAACAAUACAAGAGUGUUCAGAGGAGGAAGUUCCCAACAAGAAUGAACUGAUUGGACACCUCCACAGCUGCAUUGGGAAGGCCCAGUUUGACAUGGGCCAGACAGAGGCAGCUCUGCAAAGCCACAAAAUGCACCUGGAACUUGCCAGGGAGAAUGACCUGCCCGACGCCGUGUCCAGAGCCCUGGAAAACAUUGGCAGAGUUUAUGCCAGAACUGGCAAAUUCCAGCAAGCUAUUGACACUUGGGAGGAGAAGAUUCCAAUGGCAAAAUCCAGGCUAGAGAAGACUUGGCUGUUCCAUGAAAUCGGCCGCUGUUACCUCGAGCUGAAUAAAGCUGAAGCAGCCCAGAAUUAUGGAGAGAAGUCCCUGCAGUCAGCAUCUGAAAAGGGAGAUGUUGAGUGGCAACUCCAUGCUGUCGUGCUAGUGGCACAAGCAGAAGUAAAAUUAAAGGAUUACUGGUCUGCAAUCAUGAACUUUGAAAAAGCCCUUGAGAAGGCAAAGUUUGUUCGCAAUGAAGCUGCUCAAAAGGCCAUCAUCACUGCCUUAAACGAUGUGAGCAAAAACUUCAUCGAAGAGCUGAAUGAAGGAGACCAUACAGCAUUUUACUCCUUUGAAGACCACAAUUUCAGGGGUGCAAGGACAGAAGGCCGCGACCUGAAGGACGAUUAG